AUGGUCAAUGAUUCAGAUGCCUUACACCGCUGUUUCGCUGAUACGUCUGAAGAGGCAAUGCUAGAAGAAGAGGAAGAAGAACUUGCUACUGUUGCUGGUCUGGCAUGCGUUCGUUCUGAACUUUUAACUGAUCAAAUGGUUAAUCAUCUAUUGAGCACAUCCGAAUCAGAAUUCACAUCAAAUGUCCAUGGAGCUGUGGUUUCGACUCGUCCUUGUUCUAGAACAAGUGUUUCUGCAGUUGGAGCAUCCGAUGGUGCUGAAUCAGAUGUUUCUGUUAGUCCUUGGAAUGCAAAUGGAACGGGUUUCGUAAGUUCCUUGAAUCGAGUUACAUCCACCACUCGUUCGCUUCCACCUGUUGAAACUCGAAGAAAGAAUACCUUUAGACGAGGACUUAUAUCGCACCGUCCACUUACUACAGUGAAGAGCAGUCCGCAGCUUCUGAAACAUUCUGCUGAAGAAGAUUGGAACAUUCAUACCUCAAUAGAAACCAAUAAUUCCCUCCACAUGGAUAAACGUAGAAAGAAAUUAGGAGAAUGUUUUAUACCAAACCCGGCUGUCUAUACUACAGCUGAAGAUAGUUUAGGAAUCCGAUCUUUGCGUAGUUCGUAUAAUUUGUACCGUAGUAUCAAAUAUGUCGACGAUCAGUUGAUUGGCCUGAGACCUACAAGUUUUUACACGACUGCAACCCAACAAACAUAUUCUGGAGCUCAUAGUCCAGCGUGGACACGAAGGUUUUUGAAUACACCUGCAUCGUCGUCUCGUCCAGCAAGUAUUGGGAGCUGGAAUGCUGUUCUCAACAUGAGUUUAGUGAGUGAUCAGCGCCGCCCAUCAUUUUGUUCAUCUCCUGUUGAGCCACAAAUAGGCACCAUCAAUAGAAGAAAGGUUCUUUAUUCAAAUCACAGCCAAGGCACACAUGUUUUCAACAAGGGGAUUAAUCCCGACCGAAGAUGCAGUGGACCUCCAGGUUUAUUGUUAGCAGUCUCAGGAUUGUAUUAUCCAGGUUCAGGUGUUACGUUACCCAGUCGCUCAGACUCAGAUACCUCAUUUCUAGAACAGCAUGACACUAGUCAUUUACCCCCUAACUUGGACCACUCUUUUUCUCCAGAAGAGCCUUCAGAUGAAUCUUUCACGCAAAAUGAGACAAAGUGUUCAGGUACAAUUACCGAAAUAAGUGAUAUGAUUAGGAAUAACCAUCGCAGUAUUUUGCCGUCAAUCUCUGGAAUGAAUAAAAGAGGUUCUACUAGAUCUCCGCAUCGUACUCUUAGCAAUUCUCGUAAAACUGCUAGUUGGUGUAGUUCCGCACCUAUAUUGUGCGAAACAUCUGAACAGCCCCAUUUGACUUUUGUGCCAUCGAAUAAUAUUGGGCUGACCACUUUAUCACUUGAAGGUAACUCUCAGUUGGGUGGUUCGAAUACGGUUCGAGAACAUUGCACUCCAAUACGUGAAGAAGAUGACGAAGUAGUACGUUCUGGAGAAUCUACUUUUAAGACACCUAAUCUGUUAUUUGGCUUGAAUCACCGAAGGAAGUCUGAAUCGUCAAGUAUGCAUACAAGUUCAACUCUUUUCACGACAUCCAAUAUUACCCGUGAUGGAUUCGCAACUUUGGCUGAAUCGGAGUCAACUUCAACCAUUAGUCAGUUACCCAACACAAGUGCUCAGCGAAACGAUGCUUUACAAAAUGGUGGCAGUUCACAAUGUACUACAUCCAAUUUCUCACUUAGCUCUCUCGCAACAAGUUUGCGAGAUUCACGCUACAUGAUCGACAUUAUACGAGGAACAUUUGAAUUACAAUGUCAGUAUAACCGUAGAUUUACUAAUUCCAUUGCUGGAGUUAGCAGUUGUGAAUAUAAUUCUAGCCGACCUAGCACCUCAACGUCUGUUCGUAGCCUCACUGCCAUAUCAGAAGGUUUCCGUAUCGAAAAUCAACGAAAAGAAGAUUCUCCUUCACAAGAUUCACAAAGACUCCCCCUUCAUCAUCGUGAUUUACUCCAUCCAUUGGAAUCCAUCUUAAAAGCUUCUACAAAAAGCAAUAUUUUACAGAAUUCCAAUAUGGUCAAAAAUUCUAUGAAUAGUUGUUUGAAUCGGGAUUUUCUUGUUACAGGUUCAUCUCAGAAAAGUAGAAUGAGUUUACCAGCUAGUAUAAGUGGCAUUACAAACACAGAUGUUGCUUGUUCAGUGAGUCCUGUUUUAGAAUCGAUUGAGAACAAUUUCCCUUCCUCUCUUUCUCUUGAUCAUAGUUCACCCGUAAGAUUUGACAAUUUUCUUACUCAUAACCAUAGGAAUGGGUCUUGUAAAUCUGUUAGUCAAUCUACAACUUCAUUUAAACGUCCUUCACAUUUAUCUUCAAAACGAGAGUCUUUUAAGAAGUCGAACAUCAGCUGUCUUCCUGAUCAUGGUUGUAGUAUAGUUGAAAACAUGAAUUCAGAAACCCAUAAUAAUAGUAAUAAUAACAAUAAUAAUAAUAUCAGUAAUUAUUCUGAGUUGUCAAGUGAAUCCGUUAACCACUGGACCCAUAAAUCACAAACGCCAAAUCAUAAACAAGUAUCAUCGUUUAUACUAAGCAAACAUAGAGCUAGAUUAGCAUGUUGCUCAGUUUCGUGA